AUGGAUGGAUGGCUGGCUGGAUGGACGGGGGAGCGCAGCGCAGGCCGGCCAGCCAGCCAGCCACGAUAAAGCACUUCUUUUCUUUCUUUCUUUCUUUACUUCUGCCCUUCGUUGCCUCAUUUUCCCAUUUUUCUGUCACUCUCGCUCUCGCCGUGUACUGUAUACGCGCGCGCGCGCGCGCAAACACACACGCAGAUAUAUAUACUGAAUUUUAUCAGGAGGGAUGGGGAUGGAUCAGAUAGAGAUGAUGGCCUGUGCUAGCAGACAUUUCUUCCGCCGUAUUCUUCUCAUCUUUUCUUUCCCAGAUUCUUGUCCCAUAGUGUCGUCCAUGAACCAAGUGUUUCUUUAUGGCUUCUUUCUGAUCUUCUGUUUCUAUCAUCUUUAAUUGUUGCUGAAUUAGUGGCUUCACUGUCUUCGACAGCCACUCAUAGUCGGCUUGCCUUGAGAUUUAAUUUCAGAGGCGAACUGUAUUUGCCCGCAUGUGUGGUUGUCAUCCUUUAAUUCCCUGGAUUCUUCAUUCUGUGUUUGGCUGCUGGGUUGGCAUGGUUUCUGAUUUGAUAACUCAAUUUUUGUUUUGGGGGAAUCUUGGUUUGUGUGUUCUGGUCCAUUCCUCCAUCUGGGUUUUGGUCGGUAGCUAACAGGAUAAACUCAAAGUUCUGUUUUGGGAUUGGAAGUUGGAAUCUAGUGAACUCCUCUUGAUUAUUCAUUCUGGGCCUGGUGGGGGGUUUUGGAAUUUUCUCAUCUUCCUCCAUUUCUUUCUGGGUCUUCUUUUCUCUGCAAUCUACUUAUCUUCUUCCUACUGCUGCUGCUGCUUCUCCAUUCAAGUUAGAAUAGUUCUGAUGCUGGGUCUAACUAGACAAGUUUCUGUAGAUUUGACAGAAGGGAAGUUCCGUGUUUCCCCGUUUAUUUCUUCGUAAAUUUGGAAAGAAGAAAGGACCUAGCUAGCUCAAUCUAAUACUGUUUAGACUUUCCCCGAUUCUCUCUGGAUGAGUUUUCUCCAUAUAAUUGGGUUUGGCUUAAAGGUCGGCCAUCUGCUGUUGAUGUUAUGUUGGUGGGUUGUCUCUGUAAUUUCCAUGAAUUGGUUCAUUAGCAGUGAAGCCAUGGAGACCAAGAGUGGAUUUGUUCGGGAUGGUGCAAAGAUGUGGCUGAAAUUGUGGGAUAAGAUCUCAGGGAACAUUUGCAAGAUCUACCAUCACUGCUACCAGUAUAUUGGGUCCAAAAGAGUUAGGAAAACAUGGUGGAGGAAUCUUUUAAUCACAUGGAUUGUUUUCUGGAUUCUGAUCUCCUUCUCUGUCUUCUGGUACAUGAGCUCCCAAGCUGGGGAGAAGAGGAAAGAGACCCUUGCAAGCAUGUGUGAUGAGAGAGCUCGGAUGUUGCAAGAUCAGUUUAAUGUCAGUAUGAAUCAUAUACAGGCCAUGUCAAUUUUAAUUUCGACUUUCCACCAUGGCAAGAGCCCUUCUGCUAUUGAUCAGAGAACUUUUGCAAGGUACACCGAACGAACUGCUUUUGAGAGGCCUCUAACAAGUGGGGUGGCAUAUGCGGUGAGGGUGCUGCACUCUGAAAGGGAACAGUUUGAGGAGCAACAAGGUUGGACUAUUAAGAGGAUGGACACACUUGAACAGAACCCGGUCCAUGAGGAUGAAUAUAACCCAGAAGCUCUGGAGCCAUCCCCAAUCAAGGAGGAAUAUGCCCCUGUUAUCUUUGCACAGGAUACCAUUUCGCAUGUGGUCUCCAUUGAUGUGUUGUCAGGGAAGGAAGAUCGUGAAAACGUGCUGCGUGCAAGAGCAUCUGGAAAGGGGGUUCUCACUGCUCCUUUUAGACUACUGAAAUCUAAUCGUCUAGGCGUCAUAUUGACUUUUGCUGUCUAUAAGAGGGAGCUUCCAUCAAAUGCAACAUCUAAUCAGAGGAUUGAAGCGACUGAUGGGUACCUCGGUGGAGUCUUUGAUAUUGAAUCGCUUGUUGAGAAGUUACUUCAACAACUUGCGAGCAAACAAACCAUCCUUGUGAAUGUGUAUGAUACCACCAACUCCUCCCACCCUAUCAGCAUGUAUGGCUCAAAUGUAUCAGAUGAUGGAUUACAUCAUGUUAGCACACUAAGCUUUGGGGAUCCUUUCAGAAAACAUGAAAUGGUUUGCAGGUUCAAGCAAAAACCACCGUGGCCAUGUUUAGCAAUAACAAUGUCCAUUGGAAUUCUUGUAAUCGCAUUUCUUCUUGGCCAUAUUUUCCAUGCAACAGUAAAUCGAAUAGCCAAAGUUGAAGAUGAUUGCCGUAAGAUGAUGGAGCUCAAGAAAAGGGCUGAGGCCGCUGAUGUUGCAAAGUCGCAGUUCCUUGCAACUGUAUCCCAUGAGAUCAGAACCCCAAUGACUGGUGUUCUAGGAAUGUUGGAUAUGCUUAUGGACACAGAUCUGGAUGUAACUCAACAAGAGCAUGUCAGAACUGCACAGGACAGUGGAAAAACUCUGGUUUCAUUAAUAAACGAGGUUCUAGACCAAGCAAAGAUUGAAUCUGGUAAGCUCGAGCUUGAGGCAGUUCAAUUUGAUUUGCGGACAAUUUUGGACGAUGUGUUGUCUCUGUUUUCAGGAAAGUCUCAAGAAAAAGUAGAGCUUGCGGUUUUCAUCUCUGAUAAGGUUCCCAAAGUGCUAAUUGGUGAUCCAGGUAGAUUUCGGCAAAUCAUCACAAAUCUCAUGGGAAAUUCAAUCAAAUUCACUGAGAAGGGGCACAUUUUUGUGACUGUCCAUCUUGUUGAGGAGGUGAUGGAAUCUAUGGAAUUUGAGACCUUGUCAUCAUCCAGGAACACCUUGAGUGGGCUUCCUGUGGCAGAUAGACUCCAAAGCUGGGCAAGAUUUAGAACUUCUGGUCAAGAUGGACCUCAUAGCGCCAUCUCAUCAUCAUUAUCUGACCUCGUGAAUGUAAUUGUAUCAGUAGAAGACACAGGUGUCGGGAUCCCUAUAGAAGCCCAGUCACGUAUAUUCACUCCUUUCAUGCAGGUGAGGCCCUCAAUUUCCCGCACACAUGGGGGCACAGGGAUUGGGUUGAGCAUAAGCAAGUGUUUAGUUGGACUGAUGAAUGGUGAGAUUGGGUUUGCAAGCUUACCGGGGAUUGGAUGCACCUUUACAUUUACUGCUAUGUUCACCAAUGGCUGCUCCACUAACAGUGACCAUAAGAACUGGCAAGUAAGCAACCAGUUAAAUUCUGCGUCUUCAGAAUUUCAGGGUAUGACAGCUUUAAUUGUAGACUCGAGAGUAGUCCGAGCCAAGGUAUCUAGAUAUCACGUCCAGCGGCUUGGAAUUCAUGUUGAGGUUGCUCCUAACUUGAGUCAUGCUUUCUCUCAUGUAAGCAGUGGGAAUACAGUCAGCAACAUGGUCCUAAUAGAGCAAGAAGCUUGGGAUGAGGACUUGGAUUUGUCAGCUCUCUUUGUCAAUAAAUUGAGAAAUUUUGACCGUGGCACACCUCCAAAAUUGUUUCUUCUAUCCAACUCUAUUAGCGCUAUCAAAAAUGGUUUUGCCACUACCAGUGAUUAUACUCCAACUGUCAUCAUGAAGCCCCUAAGGGCAAGUAUGUUGGCUGCAGCGUUACAGCGAGCCAUGGGUGUUGGAAACAAGGCUUAUUACUGCAACGGAAAACUCCCCGAUCUGUCUCUGCACAAUUUGCUUCUUGGUAGAAAAAUCUUAGUUGUAGAUGACACUAAUGUGAAUCUUAGAGUAGCUUUUGGCGCCUUGAAAAAAUAUGGAGCUGAUGUGGUCUGUGCUGACAGUGGAAAGCGGGCAAUCUCACUGCUAAAGCCGCCUCAUAACUUUGAUGCCUGCUUCAUGGACAUUCAGAUGCCAGAAAUGGACGGGUUUGAAACUACAAGAAGAAUUCGCAAAAUGGAACAGAACAUAAAUGAUCGCAUCCAACGUGGAGAGCUUCCGUUAGACGCUGACCGAAAUGUUUCUUACUGGCAUUUGCCAAUUCUGGCCAUGACUGCAGAUGUUUUUCAGGCUACGCAUGAGGAGUGCCAAAGGUGUGGAAUGGAUGGAUAUGUUUCAAAACCAUUUGAAGCCGAACAACUUUAUCGUGAAGUUUCACGCUUUUUCCAUAGCCCAGAGGAUCAAAACUCAUAGGGAAGAAUUGCCGGUUGAACAUGGCUUAACCUCAAAUGCCUGUCCUUUGUACUUUGAAAUGCUGAAUGGAUUUUUAUUUCUUUGGAUUUUGCCAAUGGCUAAAAGCCGACAUUGGUGCGAUUUGUGCUUCAGUGUCACAGGAAAUAAGGUGCCAAACCGCAGCAGAAUGUACAUAAAAGCAAUGUUCUUGUCUCGAGGCUUCCAUUUGCUAGCACAAGAUUACUCUUUUUUUUGUAAAGAUAACCUCAUUUUCCUAGCAUUAAGAGGCGGCAGAAAGGCUGAGGAAGCUUUCUGGCUUUGGUGCACCGUGGAAUCUCUGAGGUUGGCUCUUGGGAAGUUGUCUCAUCAUAGAGAUUGGUUUAGUGGGUAGGAUGAAACAUGGCAUGUUAGCAACAGAGGAGAACAUAUUGUGCAUAUGAUAACUUUGAUCGAAUAGAGAAAAUGAAGGGCAUGUGCUCGUAGUAGCCCGUUUUGAUCGUGGCAAAAGAUUUGUUCAGCUACGAAGUGGUGUAAUUUGUCAUAGUAAACCAUUUUAUCUCAGAUUUUUUUUUACCUAUUUGCACAAUUGUCGGACAA